AUGUAAUAAAAUUAAUUAGUAUAAACUGAAUAAAACAUACUACAAUAAACCUAAUCUGAGUAUGAACAUCUUACACCUAAAUAUACUUAAUUGAAUUAAUAAAUUACAUCCGUAAAAAAACAAAAGUAAUAAUUGGUCAAGAAAUUACAAUAAGUUCACCGUCAUUAGAAGAUUUUUACAGAAUUCAAUUUGAUGUAUCACUAACCGACAUAAAAACUGAUCUCUAGUCCUAUAGAAGGCAGAGCCUUACUAAAUAAUUUAAUAUUUCCGAGCAACUCAAAAAUGUUAUUAAAUCUGAUAGAUUUAAGACAGGAACAAACUAACUAAAAGGAGAAUUAAUUGACAAGUAGAAAAAGAUUUUAUGUCUAAUCUUAAUAAGAAUUAAAGGUUUAGAAAAUUGAAUAAAAUUCAUAAAUCUAAAAUGUUAAAUUUCCAUUAAAUAAAUAGAACAAGUUUAUUUAACAAGAUUAAAAUAUAACCAAAUAAUUCAAACGAAGUAGAUAUAUCUCCUUGUAGAUGUCUCGGACAUCGUGUUAAUUAUCAAUCAAUGGAACUUAAAGUAUAGUAACAAGCAGAGAUGUUACACCAAAAAAAAAAUGA